CUUCUACCACGCGGAAAUUGAAUCAGACAAAUCAAAACUGUCAACCGGUCAUCCAAACUAUCUGUCAUCUUUAAUCGGCAAACCCAAUUUCCACGAAAGCCGUAAAGACCACCAAGCAGACAGCAUGCCCCCGACACCCCUCACAGUCCGAUACAAAGAGAUCGACGGUAGCAAGAUCGAUACGGAUAUCUACCUCCCACCGAUCGCUGAAGCCAGCAAUGGACAGCCGAGACAAUAUCCAGUCUUAAUCGACAUUCAUGGCGGCUCGUUCAUGCUCGGUCACUCCAAAAUGGUCUGCAUGCCGCAGGUGGAUGAUUGUCUAGCCCGCGGUUGGAUCGUGAUCAGUCCCAACCAUCGUCUGUGCCCGCAGGUGAACAUCCUCGAGGGACCGAUGGCGGAUUGCCGCGACCUCCUUGCCUGGAUCUACGACAGCCACCUUGAUGCGUUCCUUGCCGGGGACUCGGCUGCGCAUUUGCGUGGAUCGCAGUACCAAGUCGAUAUGGACCGCGUCAUGGCGUUUGGGACAUCGUCUGGAGGCACGUUGGCCUUGUCAUUGGGCUGGGACGUCCCCCGCAGAGUCGCCGCGAUCCUCGACUUCUACGCGCCCGCCUACUUUGCCCAUCCGUUCUGGACCCAGCCACUCCCCGAGAUGGCCAGCAGGCUGCCGCCGCUCGACCCGGCUUUCCUCAACAAGAUCUACGAUGAAAAGCCCGUGCCGACGAAUAGCUCGAUCUCCCUGGAAGGGCAGACCGAGGUCGGGGUCGUGCCGGGCCCGGACUUUAGCCGUCCGCGCGACGGCUUUGCGCUCACGCAGGUCGCGAAUGGUACGGUCAUUCGGGCGUGUUAUCCCGAUCGCGACGUGCGCGAGAUCGAUCCCGUCCAUCACGUUGACGCGGAAUUUCCGCCCACGUGUAUUGUGCAUGGUGGCGCAGAUACCAAGGUCAUCAUUGAUGUUAGUCGGGAGUUAUAUCGCGUGAUGCAGGAGAAGGGGGUUCUGUGUGAGAUGAUUGAGGUGCCGGGUGAGGAUCAUACGUUUGCGAUGAGUAUGAAGGUGGGAUCGCCGACGUGGGAGUUGCAGCGACGGGGGUUUGAUUUCUUAGAGAGAGUCAUCGCGAGGUGAUCCUGAGUUAAAGUGAUGUGAUUAAGCAAG